UUUUUGGUUUUGCGGCGAUGGUCAGUUUAGCGCAUGACCGCGAACGUCGCUGUCGAGUGCCUUUCAAGAUGGCGACAAUUGUGUACGCGCGUUCUCGCGCUCUGCUCGAAGGAUGAAUAUUUCACAGUUAACGGUUUUGUGGGAAAAGUGCCAGACAGGAAAAAAAGCUACUGAAACUCUACACCGGUCUUGUUGAAUCCGAGCAAGCGUUUUGUUCAGUUCCAGCAAAAAGCUAUGACAGCGGCGCUUAUCAUGGAGAAUGCUAAUUGGGAUCCUGCACUCACCAAACUUCUCAACUCUUUGGAGGAAAACAAGACCGAAAUUCCGAGCUGUACCGACGAGGAGUUCGGCUUUCUGAGCGAUCUCUUACGAUCCAAAGAGCUCAAUGCCCUCGUUACGGUUCACAAUAAAAUAUUGAGUAAUGUAAAGGACGACAAAUUCUUCCCGGUUCUUUCGAACGCGAUGGACAUCGACGUCGAAGUGUUGGACAUGCUAUCGACGAAAACUCACAUUUCCGAGGAGUGCAAAGAGCUAUUUUAUCUUUUACAGAGGCCUCACAUACAAGGCUUGUUGUGCACGCACGACGCAGUCGCACAAAAAGACUAUUAUCCUCGGCUAUCGGAAAUUCCAUUGGAGGUUGACGAGGACGAACAAACUGUGAAGAUCGUUCAAUUAGUCAAAUCGAAUGAGCCAUUGUCCGGCGACGGGGUUGAACCGAUCGUGGGCGCCACCUUAAAAACCUGCGAAAUCACCGGGAACAUCGUCAUUGCUCGGGUCAUGCACGGCGGUGCUGCCGAUCGGUCCGGCCUCAUUCAUGUCGGUGAUGAAGUCAUCGAAGUCAACGGCAUCAGCGUCGAGGGAAAAACUCCUAAUUGCGUUCUCAAGAUUUUGCAAAAUUCUGAGGGAACAAUCACCUUUAAAAUCGUUCCUGCUGACAGUAAAGGCGGAAUAAGAGAAAGCAAGGUUCGAGUUCGAGCACAUUUCGCUUACAAAGCAGAGGAGGAUCCUUACAUCCCUUGCAAAGAAGCCGGUCUCGAUUUCUGCAAAGGCGAUAUUCUUCACAUCGUCAGUGAGGACGACACUUACUGGUGGCAGGCGCGACGAGAGGGUGACAGAAACAUGAGAGCUGGUUUGAUCCCGAGUCGAGCCCUCCAGGAACGCAAGAUAAUUUGGGAGAGACAAAUGAAAGCUAAAAGCGACGACGACCAAUCCAACAAUUUGAGCUUAUGUUCUGUUUCAGUGCCUUUGCCCGCAUUGUGCCCCCGUCCCAGUACCUCUUCUUUACACGCUUCGCCCACAAAGUGCAACUUGCAGGGAAUAAAAACUAAAAAAAUAAUGUAUGACGCUGCAGAGAACGACGACUUUGAUCGUGAAGAAAUACCCACGUACGAGGAAGUCGCGAAACUCUAUCCCAGGCCUGGACUCUACCGGCCGGUGGUCCUUAUCGGCCCACCAGGAGUCGGUAGAAACGAACUCAAGAGGCGUCUCAUGGCGACCGAUCCGGACAAGUACAAAACUCCGGUUCCCUACACCUCGAGACCGCCGAGACCGGGCGAGGUCAACGGCAAAGAGUAUCACUUCGUGACCUGUGAAAAAAUGGAGGAAGAAAUCCAGGCCGGAAAAUUCAUCGAGUUUGGCGAGUACAAAGGGAAUUUGUACGGUACGAGUGCCGAGAGCGUGAGCUCUCUCGUCAAUGCCGGCUACGUGUGUCUCCUGAAUCCUCAUUAUCAAGCUCUUAAAAUGCUCCGGACACCCCAAUCGAAGCCCUACGUUAUUUAUAUCAAGCCACCGAGAUUUGAAAUUCUCAAGGAAACGAGAAACGAGGCAAGAGCUCGCUCGACCUACGACGAGACAAAUUCACGAGGAUUUACGGACGAGGAAUUUAACGCGAUUCUUCACAGCGCAGCAAGAAUAGAGUUCCUUUAUUCGCACCUCUUUGACGAGGUGAUCGUAAACGCCGAUCUGUCAAUGGCGUUCGAGCAGUUAGUGGCCGCGAUUCACAGGGUCGAAUCGGAGCCUCUCUGGGUGCCAGCAUCGUGGGUUCAAUAAAACGAUGGAAAAUAAUAAUGAUGAAGCAAAAGUAAUGGCGAGAAGCUUCAGACUGCCGGUUCCUUCGUUUCCACGACUUCUUCGCAUUAUUAUUCGUUAGAUAAUUCUUCGUUCUUAGUACAAUUAAGAAAGGGCGCAACAAGUUUGAUUUCUAAAGAACGUAGAAAAAAGGGGAAAAGUAAGCAACUCGCAACUUUUCCCAAUUUUUCAAUAUUUAUCCCAAAGUAUCCCCUCACUACCAAAACUCGCCUGUUGCCCCGAAAACUCCGAAAAAAAAAAACAAAUGAAUUUGCAUAAUAUUCUGAAGAUAUCGCGCGAAGAAAAGUGUGAACUUGAAUUCCUUGUCCAAAUGUAAAUGUUUUAAGGAUUUUAGAAAUUGUUGAUUCGUGUUAUCGUUAUUUCGAAAUCCGUCUUGCCCAGUUUUUUGAAAUACCUCAUCAAACGUGCCGGAGAUCACACGAGAUUUCAGCCAUUCCCCUUGUCUAUAUCGCAAAAAAAAAAAACAUAAAAUUUGAAAAAGUAAAACGUACAGGCCGAAGCGACGAGAUUCUCAGCACUGAAGAUAUCCUAAAUCCGAAUACUUUUUUCGGUCAAUUCCGCUUAAAAGUCUCAAAGUUUGUCCAUUCGAAACUCUAAUUACAGAACAGAAAAACUAAGUGAAAAUAAGAAACUGAAAAUCCAAGAUUUAUAAAUGAAAAUAAGUAUAAAAAGAAAAAUUAUUGAAUAUGAUAAAAAAAGAAAAAAACGUUUGCUCAUUUGAAGAUUUGGAGUUAAAAAAUUUUCAUUCACCAAUCAAUUUGUGACCGAAUCUCGAGUUCCAUUAGCGAAGAAACUUUGUUUCAGUAACAACUCAAUAACACUUGACGAUAGAAGGAUGAAAAAAAAAAAAAAAAAAUACGAAAUCAUUUUCAAGUUGAAAUAUUCGUGAAAAUAACUAUUAGAAUAGUAAAAAUUGUACGAUUCAUUGAGGACAUUUUUUUGUAAAUUUGAAAAGUGAGUGAAAAAGACCUUCAGUGUUGAGUACAUUCGCUUCAGCCUGUAUUGAUAAUAAAAUAGAUAUGAAAUAAUACUUUAUUAUGGUAAGAAAAGAUUGUGCAUAGCUAAAAUUGAUCGUCGUUGAAUUUUCAAUAAACCGAUAUAUUUCUCACGAUUCCAUAAAAUCAACGACUAAAAAUCCCUAUUGUUGUUUAUUGUUGCCAAAAUAAAAGAAAAAAAAAGAGCCACACUAAAUUUUACCUGAGUGAAUAAAAUGAAUAAAAACGAUAAUAAGUCUACGAUUUUAGGGAAACGUCCUGGAGAGGGAAAAAAGAAUUUCGAGGCCACGCUAUUUUCCAAUGUCGCGUGAAUUCCGAGGAGAAAUAAAAAAAAAAAAAAACUAUGAAAGAUUUACGUGUUAUUAUCGAGUAUUCGUUGCAUCAAAUAGAAGCUCAUCAUUGACAUAAAGCUCUGUAUGUUACCGAGAAAAAAAAGAUGAGUGCAAAAAAAACAGAAAUAUAUAGCAUUACACUUUGA